CUAUAUUCGUUCCACAAACUUCCAAUUAUGGUUGGUUAUCAAAAACGGGGAAGAGGUGCCGAUGAAGAAAGUCGGAGACAAGUUGAUCCCCAAGACCGAAGACGAGUUUGAUGCCGAGGACAUCAAAAAGGUCGAGAAUUACGCAAAGGCAAUCAACAUGCUUUACUGCGCGGUCAACCCCGACGAUUACCGCAAGAUCUCUUGCUGCACAACUGCCAAAGAGAUGUGGGAUAAGCUCGAAGUUACAUACGAAGGUACGGACCAAGUUCGGGAAGCCAAAAUUGAUUUCCUUACGCAGGAGUACGAGAUGUUUAGGAUGAAGGAAGGCGAGAAGAUCGACGACAUGUUCGAUCGCUUCUCGAAGAUCAUCAAUGAUCUUCACGCCCUCAAGAAGACUUAUGCCAACAAGGACCUCGUGAGGAAAAUCCUGCGUAGUCUCACUCCCGAAUGGAGAUCAAAGGCCGAUGCCAUCUAUGAAUCCAUUGGAGUCUCAUACGUCACCAUCGACGGGCUAAGAGGUAACCUCAAAACUUAUGAAUCUACUAUUCUAACCCCGUCUUUGGAUGAACAAAAAAAGAAGGGGAUAGCACUCAAAGCAACCAAGGAAACGGUUGAAGAGGAAUCAAGUGAUAAAGACAACGAGCUUCACCUCAUCAUCAAAAAAUUCCACAAAUUUAUGAAGAAAGAGCACGAGCGCAAAGAAAAGAAGCACGACGAUUCCCCAAAGUGCUAUGGAUGUGGCGAGAUCGGUCAUAUCAAACCGAGAUGUCCGAAAGCCAAGAACGCCAAGGACAAACGUGGGCUUAUGAAGCAACGAGCAUACAUCUCUUGGGGAGGCGACUCCGGUGAUGAGUCAAGCGAGCAAGAGGAAGACGAAGAAGCAAAUCUUUGUCUCAUAGCCCAAGAAGAAGAGUCCGCCAACAACGAAAACCAAGAG